CGACCGCGCGGUCAGUCAGUCAGUCCGUUAAUCGCGAGCCACUGUCGCCGUCGUCGCCACAUAGCAUAUUGCAAGAGAGCGCGCGUUCAAAUUUCUCGCAUUUUUUUCCGCGCGCGCAAUAAAGACUGGGGGAAAAAAAAAAACCACAACUGCGCCGAGAGUACUAACACAGGCGUUUGUCGGCCGACUGCAAUAACGACAGCAUCGGCAGGUACUCGUAAUAUUAUAACUAUAAAAUAUUAACGCGACUCCGCCGCCGUGCGCCUGCGCGAUCGUUCGGUCCGCAGUAUUCGUAACCGCCUGUGUUCAUUGUCGUCGUCGCCGUCGUCGCUCCGCCGUUUCGUCCGCGUCCGAAACUACUUUCGACGUCGCCACGCCGCGCCAGACGUAACGCCGUCCGUAACUCUCUAUCGCGAUUUGUACGGUUAAUUUUUAAUUUUUUUUUUUUUUUCCCCGUACCGCGCGCGAAUCGGUAACUCGUCCGCGCGGAAGUAACGGCGGCAAAUGCUGUCGCGACGGCCAUCGUAGUCGUAACACCGCCGCGGUGCACCACCACCACCUCACCAAUAGGUCCGAGUGCAGCUGCAACCCACACCGGCUAGUACAACAACAACAACAACAACAACAACAACAACAACGACAGCAACAACAACAACAACAACAAUAACGGCUCGAAUACCGUCCGGAAGCGCACAGUAACAGCACACACAAGAUGCAUAACAAAAAAGGCAAGCUUUGCACGAAGCUGACCAGCAGUUUCCUGCGCAAGUGGUGUAAGUAUUUAGAAAAUAAAUAACAAUAACAAUCACUUUAGUACGCUUACGUACAGCUGAUAACAAUAUUAUAUUGGAUUUUAUGGCGUAUACGCGUCUAAUAGGUAGUCUUGUCGUGUUGCCAUUAUAAUACGAUAAUGUUGUUACCUGUAUUAUCUAUGCGCGGCCGUUUUUUAUGGUUAAUACCGCCGCCGCGGUAUUGUACGGUAGGUACGCGCGACAAAAAACAAAUAUUGUUAUUAAUUUUUUUUUUUUAUCGAUAUCAGUGAUUUUUUACAGACCUGCGCGGUGUGUAUAUCGAUGUGUAUACGUCAUAAUAUUAUAAUACUCGGAGAUUCGAUACCUUUUUCUAGGUGUGGUGCGGGAGGGGGUGUGAAUGUCUAGAAUAGCCCUAACGUGUUAAAACACGGUGGCUUCGGAUUAAAUACGAAUUUUAACCGGGGGGGAGGGGUCGGGGGAGGGUCUUUGGUCGAUUUUUUGAGAGAAUAAGCCUCCCCAUUCCCCGGGCCUCUCACCGAUCACCGGGUGUUCGCGUAAUCCUGCGGCACGGUGCCGACGGCCGAAACUUUUGGCUGAUUAUUUGUUGACGUUAUCGCAUCGCAGUUGCGAGGCACUCAGUCACGGUCAGUUUUACAACAAUAAUAAUAAUAAUAAUAAUAAUAAAAAAAAGGUUCCUGGCCGCGAACCGGUGACCGCGGCGACACGGUCAACAGGCGAAGAGAAAUCUACAACGGCCGCGGAACGUGCGCGCGCGCCAGUCGUUACUGCUCCGUGGUCGCGCGAGUUGUUAUCAACCGUAGCUUUAACAGCGCAACGUUAUUAUACGCUUAUCCAGUGCGGCUCUUCGACCGCACACGCUGCGAUGUGCGUAGACGCACGAAAACACGGUUUCGGUCGACGGAGCGCCCCGCGAGCCAGCGAGUAGAACGACGCGGAGGGCUCGCGCGGUGUUUUCUUUCCCCCCCCCCCUCGGUUUCUCGCGCUUAACUAUCUCCCGUGUUCACUGUCUCUGUCUCCCCCCUUUCUCUCUCUCUCUCUCUCUUUACGCGCGUACUUUACACACUUUAUAUCUCUGUCCCUCUAUACAAUGUACACAUUUUUUUCUCAUUUCUCGUUCUCGCAUCCGCAGCCCCGGACCGCCGUCGUCUCGCGUGCAUCUUGUGUGCACGCUGUUAUGUGCGCCGUGUCUCGCGCCGCAACAAUAACCGGUUUCGUCGUGCACCUAUAUCAUUACGAUACGCGUGCGGUACAGCAGCACUUCUACACGAACCGCGGCCGCUCGCCACCCGACGGCCGCGACGCCGCCGCGCGUUUAUUAACCCCCGUCCGUCUUUGCGCGGCCGUCGGAUAGCAAACACAAUAACGUACAACGCGCUCCGCACUCCGAUUAUGAUCGCGAAAAUAAUAUUACUGUUAUUAUGGCCUGACCGGCGAUCGAUGGGACGACGCGCGAAAGUAUGAUCACCGCCAAUGACGACGACGAAUACACAUAACGAUAUACUCGACGACGAUUAUAUUUCAUAUAUUUAUAGCCUUUGUCGUCAUUGCCGUUGCGACAGCGAUAAUACAACGAUAACCGCCACCGCUUACAGUCCAUUCAGAAUAGUAAUGUUGUGCACGUACAGGUUAUCUCUUGGUUAUCUCUCGGGUCUCGGGCUUACGGCUGUCGCAAUCGUAACGAGACGUAUUUCGCCCCGUACUGCGGACGACAGCAUUAUUACUAUCAUGCCGUUGCCGUGCGUGUGUGCGCGCGCGGGUAACAUUAUCACCAUUAUUAUUACGAGGAUAAACGACAAUAAUCCGGCCGAAAAAAAGAAGAAAGAAAAAAGAAAUACGAAAUAAACGACGCAUAACCGAGGACGACCGGUCGGGUCCGGUUGUUCGCUGGUAAUCGGUGUUAUUUACCCGGUACGCGAAGCACGCCGAACGAAUACCAGUACUACCGGUAUUUCGACGGUGGACCUAAUAGUACCCCCCGCGCGCAUAUUAUAGGUACCGGCCAAUGAUAACACGAUCGCGAGAUUUAAUUAGAUAGGUACGAGAUAAAUAAUAAUAUUGAACUGUGUGUGUGUGUGUGUGUGUGUUUUUUUUUUUACCGGACCGGCCUUCGGGAAACGAUGGUUUUUUUUCGUAUUUAUUUAUUCCGCUGUCGCCGCUCUCUCUCGCCGCCCUUCGCGCCGCCGGCCGUAGUCGUCGUCCGCGGCGGCGGCGGCGCGGCUGUUACUACUUUCUCUCGCGCUCGAGGCCCGAUCGUCCGUCCGUGCCACCCUUCCGUCCGACGCCGGUCGUCCGGUCCGAGACGCCGCGUACCCGUAGAAUAGCUGGUAGAUGUCGUAAACGGCGCGCGACAUGGCGUAACGGCGUCACCGCGGCAAAACUCGGCGUGGCGUAACGCAGCGCCGCCGUCGCCUCGGCCUGUGACGAAAACGUUGCGUGCCUGUUUAAUAAUAUUAUUAUCAUUGUUGUGUACAACUGUCCGCGAGCAUUCUGUGAUAAGAAAAUAAUAAUCACCGCUCUCGCGGCCCUCUCAAUAACGCGGGUCGCCUAACAUCAUCAAACGCGUCCUGUCGUAAACAAAACAAAACAAACAAAAAAAAAAAAACCACUUAUACGCGUAUACACAUUAAAGUAACGCGCGCGGUGAGGGACGUUAAGAGUUGUAUCCCACCUACCAGUCGCUUAAAAAUACUAAGUCUGUGAGUAUUUGUUUAGCAAUUUGACCGUGAAAUAAUUACAAUAUGACAUGCGUCGGCCGAGUCACAAUGGAAAAAAAUCUUGAUUUGUUGAACAUAAGUUGGCAAUUUCGGUUUUGGCUUUUAAAUUCGCAUUGACUGAGUUAGGUAUAACAAAAGAAAAUUCUACGAUUUAUUUAUAUUUAUUAUUUAUAAUAUCCCCUCCCGUCGAAAAUUCCUGAGCACGCCAUUGCGUCGGUGACACGAUUAGUCCUCGAACCCUGCAGAUACUCACGCGAGUUAUUCGUGUUUAUAAUAUGAGUUAAAUCUUUUUUCGUGCGAAAACGUUCGGUCACUAGCUGUAACUGUUAUUAGGUUAUAGCGGGGGCAUGUAUUUCGCGUAAUUAUAUUAUUAUAGUUUUGGAAAAAAAAAAAACGACGAUGUUAAAUUAUUAAUCAUUUACUCGAAAUACCAUUCAAAAUGUAUCUAGAUGAACAAAUACAAAUACAAAGACGAGUCGCUGUCGUGCGAAUACUUUCGAUUUUUGCGAUUGAGCAGUAAAAAAGAAAAAAGCAAAAGCGAAUAAUAGAUAUCCAACAAAAGAAAUUGAUCGCGGUAGAGACGAUGUCCAUACUAAACACACACGCAAUUGUUUUGUCAUGUAAAUUUUUGCGAUUUACAUAAUUGUGAUUAUAUAUUUGCACAAAAAACGUCUAAUUAAUAACCGUUUACACGCCCGACAAAUAACACGGUGGUCAAUGAACCCGCGCGUAUACGAUUCCUGUUUAAAUCUCUGUUUACACGAUGCGAUGAUCAAACAACGUCCGGACCUGUUUGGCGAAUCGAACUCAACGCUGCAGUGGCAUCACGGCGGCAGUGGCGUGCCCAGAAAUUUCCGACGAGAGAGGACGCAUAGCAAAUGAGAAUCAUGAAUAAAUCAUAAAACCGUUUUCUAUAUCCAACUAGAGUCAAUUUUUAUUUCCGUUUUCGAACGUAAAUUAUCAUUGGGAAAAUGAACAAAUCGUCUAAAUAUUGGCCAUUUAAAAUAGACAUUUGAACGUUUUUAUAGGUUCUACGUUUAAAUUCAUACUGGACGUACAUCGGACCUUAUUUUUCGGAUAUUUCAACCGAGCCCCAUUUCGACGGGACUUCGGUAUUCCAGAAGUGAGAUAAUAAUAUUAUUAUAUAAUUAUUGUGCUAUAUCGGUGUACACUCAGUUUAUUGUACUCGCGGACGAUGUUUUCCAAACAGUCGACAAAUUUGUUCACGAAAAAUUUCUAUAACAACAUCAUAGAAUAAUAAUAACAAUAACAACAAAAAACCGUAAAAACAGUCGCUGGUGUUUUUCUCGGGGAUUUUGUUUUGUUUUCGGGCGUACAACAAAAAAAUUAUAAUAAUGUUAUCUCAUCGGACCGCCGUCAUCACCCGUCGUCAGCAUUUUUUAUUAUCGUUUCGCCGCGGCGGUAACCUGACACAACGACGGUUGUGGAUGUCCGUCGGUAAACUACACGCGCGCCUCUUCUUCGAUUUAUACAGGGCGAUUAUUUUAUCACGGGCUGUCGAUAUACUAAAACCUACGGCGAUUUCGAGUGAUUAAUAAUUCGAUUUCAGUUUUUAUUUGUUUCGAUCGUGGUUUCAUGUACAUAAAACUGUUUAAUAUAAUAUUACUUUAUCGUUAUUAAGGUAUCUUCAAAAUCGAGUACACUUACGUGACACUACGCAUGACGUCGCUGGAUUAUCGAUUUAAUAUUGUAAUAUCGUCACUACCUAUACACGUGCAUUUUUCGUCUAUGUUUUACGAACGCCCGACAUAGCGAAUUUACGUUCAGUAGAGCCAAUCUGUAGGGCUGUUAGUUUUCAAUACUAGAGUGAAUCGAUUCCUAUCAUCAAAAUUACAAGACAGGAACAUUAUCAAUGAUCGUGUACGUAUCUUUUUUUCUUUUCAAUUUUUAGAUUGGUUGAGUGAAUGAUGAAUGUCCACUCAAUUCUAUUCUCUACAAUUACUUUCAGUUGUUCGCAAGUAGUUUUCCAGAUGUCUUCUUUACGUAAUAUAAUAUGAUCUGUUUUAUAAAUGGAGUUGUUGGUUAACCUCUUACAGUUUUUAUCUUUAUCUUUCCCCUUUCAUUAUUGUUGUUCUCCAUUAAUUUCGUUUCUUAUCAUGUGUCCAAUGUACUUUUUCGUCCUUUCUUUGAUAGGUUUCCGUAUUGAUUUGAUAUUUGCGUUUGUUCAUCCUUAAGUAUACUUCUAGAUUUUUAGCUUUCACAGUCGAAAAUAUUUUACUUGGUAAUUUUCAUAAAUAGAUAAACGCCUAACGGUUGGUUCGAGAUUAAAGAAAAAAAAAUUACUCUGUACGUGAAUUCGAACUGUAGACCAUCGAGCGCGAUAUGGCACGUAUCGACACAGCCGUACUAUUGUUAUUAUUAAAUAGAAAUGUCGUGUAGGUACGCAAUAAACGUAAUUUGUAUUAUCGUGUACCUACUUAAAUUAUAUACAUAUACUACCGACAAUGUGAUACAGGGUGGUGGUAGUAUAACUCUACUGUUACUGACGGUAACAGUGAAUAUAAUAUUAUUAUACGCACACUAUAGAACAUUCCAGCGGUUCUCAAAACGAACGAACAUAACUUUUGACUACGAAGUAUGUGGUCUCAAUGACUCCAGGAUUUUUUUUCAAUUUCACUCAUAACCCGAUAUUCUUAAUUAGGAGUGAAUACAGAGUCCCUACCUACGGCUAAAAUGGUAGACGCUCGAGUCUCUUCCCUUUUAGGUUAGGUACAUGAGAAAUAGGACUUAUAUACUAAAAUAUUUUUAGUAAUAUAAAUUUAAAGUGUUAUAUACAGUCAACGAAAAAAUGUAAUGUAAGUUAAAAUUAAAAAUAAAAAAAAAAAUUAUAAAUAUUCCAAGUGUACCGAAUUAAAAUCCGGAGAUGUUGGAUUGAAAUGCACACAAAAAACGUGUUAAGCAAAAUUAUACACAAUUGGCGUUGACAAUAAUUUUUCGCGAGAAUCAGGUACACAUUUACAUGAAAAUGUCAACAUUGAUAUUAUUGGUUGUAUAUUAGUCUAGAAUCUGAAUUUAUAUUCUGUUAAAACGUUUGAAACAUGAUGUUUUAUGUGUCAAAAAUCGAUGAAAUAUUCCCAAAAAUAUUCUUAAUUCUCUCAAAAUAUAUAUAUAUAUAUAUAUAUAUAAAAAAAAAAAAAAAAACCCUGAUGGUUAUUAAAUUCUUAGAUCAUAGAUAAUAGAUUCUAUUAUUAUUUAUUGGAGUAUCGUGCCUUCGUGGGUAUAUCAGUAUAAAAAUAUUAUAAAUAUUUUCUCAUGAGUUAACAAACAACAAUAAUCUAUCACAGGAAAUAUCUGAGUCAGCGAUUAAAGGAUAAACUAAACUAAAAACUCGACAAUAUUUCUGUAAUAUAAUCCAAUAUAGCGUAAAUAUGCUAAAAUAUUCUCUUAAGUCAAAAUACGCACUAAUAUGCAAAAAAAAAAAAAAACUUUUUUUAAUAGAGUCUACAGGUUAUGAAACGCAAACAUUUCUUACUCCCAUUAAACAGCAUACGUUUGUUAAAAAUAUGUUUUUGCCUAAAAAUCCGGACUCUAUAUUAUAUUAACCAUCUAAUGUUAUUUUUAUUUAACUUUAAUAGCGUAUAUUGUAUUUAAACAAUAAAUAAAUUAUUACAAUAAUUAAUACACAUAUAUUACAUUCUGUGUGGAGUUACGGUGUUAAAAAAAAAACUUAUUCGCGGAAUUAGGGUGUUAAAAAAACCCAUUGUAUACGGAGUUAAGGUGAUAUAUUAUUAUAAAAUGGUCACGAUGCUUGCGUAGUCGCCAGUUACGGUGCACAGGAAAAAUCCGAAUUAUAUGAUAUAGACAUGAUAAAUUUACGACAUUUUAUCUAACCAAUAACACAAUAAAAGUGUUUUACAAGGAAAAAAAUAAAUCUUCCUUAUAUUCAGAAUUUUUAACGCUAAAUAAAAGUCGUUUUUUUUUUCGAUUUUAUUCAGCCUCUCUCCUUUAUCUACAGUUUCUAGACCCGUCUAUAUUAUUGGCCAAAACGAAUACGUGAAUAAUACGCGAUGCGCUAUGACCAAUGCGCGAAGACACGAGAAGAACGUUUGGUAUUCAACGUUUUUUUUUUUUUUUUUAUUGUCACUAUAUUUACUGCGAGAACACAAUCGGACAAACCGAAAAUUUAGCUGAAAAUUUUAACGAGUUUUAUAGAAAAAUUAUUAAAUUUAAUGGUUUUAUUGUUUUUUAAAUGUUCGAUAACGAUUUCCCAAUUAUAACGCGCAUUAGCGCUAGUUAUAAUUACGAUACCUUGUAUACAUAAAUAUUAUUGUCAAUCUAACGAUUCCACUAUAACCGUACAUAAAAUCGUACGAACCAAUGCGUUUAAGCGUUGUAAACAGUGCAGUGAUUAAGAGUACCUACGGUUACAAUAUAAUAUAUUAUGUUCCAGUUUGGUAGACGGUCACUGGAUCGCCAUUACAAAUUAAAACUAAAUUUGUAAAAUUGUUUACUUAAAUAUUCGAUAACACUAUUGUAAUCGAGGAAUAAAUACAUAUAUAUAUAUAUAUAUAUAUAUAUAAUUGAAAAAUUGAAUCAUACAUUUUUUUUCUCACGUUUUUCAUAUUUAAUAUUAUUAUUACUUAUAUUAUAUACUAAUCACUAAUGAUAACAAUGAUGGUGAACAUAAUAGAAUCCGAUGAUGUCAUGAUGGUCAUCAUUAAGUUCAGUAAUUCGGAAUGAUAAUUUCUGUCCGAUCAAAUACGAUUAAUCUGAUUAUUCAUCAGAUUGCUUUUCGAUGCCUCUGACGAUCAAUUUACGAAUUGGACGGUGCGUUAGAGUGCUAGACGAUGAAAAUGUGUUAUCAUAAUUAUACGGUGUUGACACCGUUUAUAGCCAUAUCGUUUUUUUUACGUUACAUUCAAUGCUCAUGUUUAUUGGUUAAUUAUUUUAUUUCAAUAGUAAUAACAACAAACAAUUUUUUAAAAUAUUUACGUUAUUGUUGUUUUUCACUUAUAAUUGUAAUAAGUUCACCACAAAAUUACGCGAAAAAUCACCCAUAUUGAAUAUGAUAAUUUAAAAUUCGCACUAAAAACACGUAGGUUUUCAUUUGAAAGAUCAAAGUUGGUAUUGCCACAGGAUACUCAUAAAAUUUUGUGAAAAUUCGAAAUAUUCGAAAAUAUCGUCAAAAAUCAAACCUUUAAUAUAUGCAUAACUGAACCAUACAAGUUGGGUGAACGUAUUUAAAAACACUCUGUGUACUAUGAUAUAAUCUCUAAUUCGGGGAAAAAUACGAUAAAAAAAAAAAAUAAUAAAUAGUUUGUACACGUUUAGUUAUAAUCUACGGCUUAGCCUUAAUUAUGUUGCACUGUAUCGUCUGAUCGAUUGUAUCAAUUUCCCGAGCAUAUAGGUGUUUUAAAAUCACCCGCAAACAAAAUAAACACAAUAGGUAUCGUAAAAAUAAUUUUUUACAUUUUUUUAUCCAAUAUUCUGUACCCAUAUAAUAUUAUAUUAAUAGAUAAGAAGUAUAAUAAUAUUGACUGUACUAUAGUCGUUACACCCGACGGACCUAUUAUGGGAAAAACCUUUCGAACUUACGAGAACGAGAAUAUUAUUAAUCUUUGUAUAUACCUAUUAUCGUGAUUACCAAGGUUUCGCUAACUUCACGUCUUUUACACGUGUCAUCACCAUCCGUCUCACAACGCGUCGAAACCACGAAUCGCUGCGAACAUCGCGUCGUAAAUCAUACGAGGAAGUGACUUUGGAGAGUAUUAUAAUCAAAUAAAAAAUAAAAAAUGUUUACAAAUCCAACAAGAUAAUAAUAUAUAUCUAGGUAGUUAAUAUUGUUCGAGGGCAACUCGUAUAAUAAUAUUCGUUUGUGUACUAAUACGUAUAAUAUUAUAGUUUUUAUUGGAUGCCUAUAUAUACAUACCGGAAAGAGGUUCUUGUCGAUAUGUUUUUAACAAAUUAGAAUUAUUAAAAUGUAUUGUUAUACUUGAAAACCGUGAUUUUUGAGUUGAUCUCUGCAGAAAAAAAAACAUGAUUUGUGCUUUUAAUAUUGUUCCAAGGCGAUUUACUAUAGAUUUGUACUGACAUUGUAUCAAACAAAUAUAACAGCAUAAUCUUUAGUCUCAAAAAACCGAUAAUUCGGUAUAUUUCGACGAGUUUUUUCUUUCGAUCAAAUCAAUUUUAAAGUUCGUAAUUCUAGCAAGAUGGUUAUUUGAUAAUAUAGUUUUUAAUCGGAGCUAAUCGAAAACUUGAAAAAAAAAAGAACCACAUGAUAAGAAAUAAAACCAAUAACACACCAUUCUUCGCUCAGGUAAGAAUCAAUGGUUGAUCAAAGACCUCCCUAGGACACAAAAAAUAUAAUUGUAACAAUCACGGUUUUUGGGAGGGAUAAGCCCUUAGGCCUUAAAGAACUUUCCGGUCGGGCCUAUACAUUAAUUGAACAUAAUUUUGAUAACUUAUUAGUUAUUGGCGCUAAAGAUGUCUGACAUCUUCUAGUCAAGUGGAAAAAAAAUCCUCUAAUAAAAAUCUAUCAUUUCAUUUUUUUUUUCGACAAUACCACAUCAUUUCUGAUUCUGUGACCUUCGAUCUAUAGAAUAAGUCGAUUUUAUUUCAUAACUUUUACUCGUAAAUAUUUAAAAAUAUCUCGUUAUUAUACAUUAUAUUAUUAUUUAGUAUGUAGUCAUUUUGGAAAAGAUUGUUCGUAGUCUUUUUUGUAGGAGUUAUACUAAUGUUUUUUCUGGAGUUAUUUACUAAUGAUGGUCUCGUAUAGCAGCGGUUUACACGUCAGAUAAUAUUUUUGAUAGGUUAUUAUAUUGUAGGAUUUAAUCAUUCACCUAUCCUCCCCUCCAGCAGGCCACUGUUAUUAUGACUAUUAACGGCCGUCUCACGGUAAAGGUAUGUGCUACCUCUGCCGGAGACUUCAACGCACCGCGCACCGAAUUAUAAUAAUAGGUAUUUUUAUAUUUUACUACGAAAUAUAACUGUUUUACCAAUAUAGGCGGAAACGAGUUUGUCUUUUAAUAUUAUAAAAUUUGUUUUAUUUAAAUGUUUUUUUCAAAGGAAUAUACGUAUGAAUAUACAUAAUUAAUAUAAUAUUAUGUCAGUUUAAAGUCUUUGUGUUGCUCGCGACGGCAGCGGUAUAUACAUUAUGGUAUAAUACGGGGGGGGGAGGCGUAAUGCGUAAUACGACUGAGCACAUUAUAUAUUUUUUACCUAUAAAAAAACACAACACUAUUAUACGCACUUUUACCUUUUUAGAAAGGUGUAUCUGCAAAAACAAUUAUACCGGCUGGUUCCCUUUUUCGGUAUCGUUUGAAUUUCAUGAUGUCUAAUAUAUUGUAUUUAUUAUUUGGCCUAGUGAAUAAAUAAUUUUCAUAUUUUUUUUUUAAUUCCUACGAUAACUCAACAUUUUCUUGCUUUUUUGGAAUCGCGUCAUUUUUGUGCUCAUUUAACAGCAUAUUUAACACUUUGAUUACAUCAUUGUCAACGAGUUAACUGGCUGACCUGCAAUAAUAAUUAAAAAUUGUUUUUGUUUGUGUUGUAGCGAUAUCAAAUACUACCACACUAUUUCAGAAUUUAACAUUUUCAGUUUGAAAUUAUUUUUUUGUGUUGGUGUCUUCAUAAAAAAAAAAAAAAAACUUACAGUAAUAUUCACAGCUUUAGCGUUUUGAAUGUGAGAUGUGAUUGCCACAAUAUAUGAUAGUUAUAAAGAACUAUCAAUAAAACCUGGUGAAAUAAAUAUUAUAUUAUCUAAUACGCUUAAAUUUUAACUCGUGUACAUAAAAUGUUGGAAAACACCGCGGUCACCAAACUUAACCUUUAUCAUUUCGCCCAAAUACAUUUUAAAAUUAAGUUGGAAAUGGUUUUUAAAUAAUAGUUGGGACACACGAAAAAUAUUUAAAAAUGUAUAUCGCAAUUUUCUAUGCGUUUCAACCAUUAUUCAAAAACGAAUCAUCUUAAUUUUAAAUUACUAAAAUGCGUUUAGGCGAAACGGUGCGAAAAAGUAUCCCUUAGAGUACAGGCCUACAUAGUAAUUGUAUAUAAGUAAGAAGUGGUACCUACUAUAUACUAUGCCAUGUGCAUUUUUUAAACUAUAAUAGUUUAUAAUCAUUGCACUUGUUUUCUUAAAUAUUAUACGGUAAAAAGGCGUGGCCCAUUGUUCCGGCCAUCCAUUAGUCAUAAUAAUAUUUUUAAUAAAAUAUCGGUGCGUUAUAAUUAUUGCAAUAACGUACAUUAAUAUGUAUAAUACACGCGGUGUAAUAAUUAGUCAUCGCACCGCCACCGAGUCGGUGCAGUCGCAGAGCAACAGCCGCCACGGUCACGGUUACAGUCGAGUCAUCAUCGUCAUUGCUGCCAUUACAUUGCACCGACGGUGGUGAACUUAAAUAUUAUAAAAAUAAUAUCAAAAACUGACCUUAAUUUAUUAAAAGUCAAAUUACGAGUUACAUUUUUCGAUAAUUUAUUUCACUGUAUAAGAGUUAUAAAAAAAAAAAAUCUCAAUGUUUUAUUCAAUAAUUUCUUUUAUUUCUUUCAAUAUCAAUAUUAUUUUAAUAUUUAUUCAAUUCGUUUAAAUUUCGGUAAAAUGUUAUUUCUAUAAAGUUAUUUAUGAUAUUUUUUUUGCUAUGAAAAGACUGCAUACAUAUUUAUCUACAUAAUUGGGUAUGUUUUUUGCGUUUAUGUAACGUAAAUACCAUCGUCACGCAUACAAAAUAUGGCCUAUAACGGUAUAAUGAGAAUAACUUUUUAAGUUUAACUUUUAACUUUAGUUAAUAUUUUUUUGAAUAUUUUUAAUAUUUAAAAUUGAUUUUAACUAUGAGGUUAGUUAUUUUUAUUCAAUUUUGUAUUGUUCUAUGAUAUCUCAUGACACUAAACCAAGUAAAAAUAAAAUUUGUCUGGCACUGCCGCAAUAUUGGAAUAUAUACCUGUAUGCGUAUAGUUGUACUUGGUUCGGGUGAUCUUUAUAGGAGGAAGGGGGUUGCAAAUUAUACCUAAAAAGCGUUUAAAAAAGGGGGAGGGAUGAAAGAUAAAUUAAUUGUUAGUUACUAUUAUGUUGUAAUCCAUGUAUAGAUCUACGUGGUAGCGUAUUUAACAAGGAUGAUAAUAAUAUAGAUAUGCGUAUAAAACGGUUUUCAUAAUAAUUGGAAAAAACUGGGUUUAUUUACAUCAUAUACAAAAUAGAAAAUUCGCUCCGAGUUGUUUUUCGUUAGCAAUAGUUUAUCAUUGCGUUUAGAUAUAAAUUAGUUUCCCUUUUACAUCCUAUAUGCCUAACUUCUCACCUGUAACAGUGGCCCACCCAUCGUGCGAAGUAUGUUCGUUUAUUUUUCAUUUAAUUUUUACAAGUAUUUUAAGAACGAAUGGGAACUAUAUAAAUAUCUUCAUUCUUCGGAACGUGUAUAAUAGUUGCUCUACAAAAAUUAAACCAAUGAUAACGUUUAAAACGUUUCAGACAAGUGUUUAAACGAUUUAUCGCAAGUCUGGAUCAUAAUAAUAUGGCCGAUUGUUAAUUUUUUUCGCGUAAACAAUUGCGUCUCGGGUGUUAUUCAGAUACAUGAAAAUCGCGUCUGUUAAAUACAAUACAAUUAAUGUUUAUGUUUAUAACCACAGAAGUACGAGCAUCAUGAACAUUUAUCUUUUUAUCAAUACGAAAAACAAUCUCUAAACGUUUAACAUCGCCGGUUUUCAGUUCGUUAUGCAAAAUUGUUAGACGGUCUAUCAAACAAUGUAUUACUCGUAUAAUAAUAAUAAUAAUAAUAUGACGUAUAUAUGGUCGACUACUUUUCGUUUCGUGACUGUGUUCGUUAUAACUUGCAAGUUUCAACUUAUUAUCUUUAUACAUUUCGCAAAACACUCGCGGUACGUCUCCAAGGUUCAGAUUCAUUUUUUUUUUUUCAAAAUUUAUGAAAACUAAAUCUGUAGCCGCCGAACAGUUAUUAUUUUAAGGUUUUUGUAAGGUAUUUGCUUAUUUUAUUUUUUUUCACUAUUUUGCGUUGCGUUCGUUUUGAUACGGGCGCGUUCGAUAAAAAAAAAACGGCACCGGCGAACUAUAUAAAAACCUUAACUAUUAGAAUUGUGUGGUAUUUGCAGCUCGUUUAUCGAAUAAAAAAUAUGUGUAUUUUUUUCGGACUUUGCACGUAAAUAACACCUGAGACAUCGCAAUAUAAUGUCGCGGACUCGGUUUCAUCGUCUCCCGACAAUAUUGCCGUUCGUCCAUUCCGUUCUCCGCGACCCGAUGACGACGACGCGACAGCGAGGAAUAAAACAUUAGUGUAUUGUUCGAAAUUACAAUCUCGAACAAAUACAUUAUUAUUGUCGUUAUUGUGCUAAUAUUUAUUAUAAUUUCGGUCUUUUAUUCGUCGACACGGCGAAAUUAUAAUAAUAUUUAACGAUAAUACGUACGUCGCGUGAAAUGUGCGCCGGCAUUUUAAUAUCGCAACGACGGCGUUAUUGUUAAGGCCGCGGUCACACGUCAAACAAUUAAAUAUAAUAACUACUACAAGCCAGUAUGCAUUAGGGGUUCAACCCCCCGUCUCCGAAAAUUUUAAAAUAUAUAUAUAUAUUUAUAACAAAGACUAACUGCAAGUUCAUGUAUUCAAAAUAUUUUAACCCGCCCAGAAAAAAGAAAAAUUGAUCCUGAAUUCGUGCUUGAAUUGCUAUCGCGAAAGUAAGACCGCUUUCGUUAUUGUUGUGUGUUCGAACCGUGAUUGCAGACGCGAUAUCACGCGCGUGAUAAUGAUACCUAUAGUAGGCGUAUAACAUCAUAGCGUUAAAGUAUUAUUAUUAAAAAAUAUUACCCGAACCGGUUGAGUUAGCCAUUAUUCGAGUGAAUAUAGUGACUAUGUUAUUAUGCGUGUUGGCCAACACGAUUUAUAAAUCGAUUAAAAAUUCGGCUGUCCAAACGAUUUUAGCGCUUGCUUUCCGCUACCGCGAUUGUGCCGUAUUUGUGAUCGCAAUGGGUCUAAAACUGUCAUGCAGGUAUGUUCGCGACAGCGUGAUACACGGAACAUUGCAGUCCACACAGCGAUCGUUUAGUAAAAGCGAUCACGGUAACGGCUAUUAUGACGGCAACUAUUAUCGCGUUCAACUAGUAUCGUGUGACCGCGGCUUUAUACGCUGCUGCGUGCAUCAGGCGGAAAAAAAAUUGUUCGUUCGCGUCGUACGCGCGAGCGCAAAUUCCUGCGGAUAAUGCGGCGGCAGAAACGCGACGAAUGACGACGGCGACGACGCGACCGGGGGCGCUCAAAAGCUGUCGGCAACCGCAACGAUGUCGGCGGCGAUUAUUUUUAUUUGUUUGCCGUUAUAUUGUUGACGGGAACGACGACGCGCACGCCGGUGUCCGCGCACGACGAAAACGGCAACAUAUAAAAAUCGAACAAAUAGACGACACAGUAAAAAUGAAGAACGCCGGUGAACGGUUCCGGCACACCACAGCCGCCGCCGGUGCGGAAAGUGACGACACGGACGCGGCGGAGAACGUGGUGUUGUCCGAAUUUUGUCUGCCGUGGCCGCCCCCCGUCCGGGCCGAGCAAAACCGGCACCGUCGGCGUGCCCGGGACGACGACGCGGCCGUCCGGAGGAGAACGGUCAGAACGGACGCGGCGUGCCGCGGGCCGGGGAGUCGCUCGUCGUCACCAGAUCGCCAUCGCCGUCGGCUGCGGUCCGGCGCGAAAACCGCUUUUUUCGUCUUUCUCGUGGCGAUGGCCACGGCGGAGCGCAGAUUCCGGGUGACCGCGACGAACGCCAAACGGGAUCCCAGUAAGCUUGUUACAUACUUUUGAAUUUCCAAUAGGAACCUCCUCUCUCCCCUUUUGAACACGGGUUUAAAUAGACAACGUUUUUCUUUUUUAAAGUUUAGAUCGGACCAGUAGGGAAGGGUAAUAAAUCGCCUAACUACGACCCUUAUCUACUCCUCCGGUUUAAACUUUAAACUGUCAUAACUCAUAAACGGUAAAUCUGAUAUUAGUUUGAUGCAUAUCAACAUUUCUAGAAAAAUAUUCUCCAUUCAAAUCAAUGUUCAAAAGGUUCCUAUUAAAAAGUCAAAAGUAUGCACUUUUAAGGUACAUGGAGUAGGGAUAAAACAUUAAAAAUGGUUUUAAAAUAAAGCUUAAACGAUUCUAUAGUGAUUAAAAAACCAGAAAUAAAAUUCACAUAAAAUCCUUUGAGAUAAUUGCUGGUUCGUGAUAAAAAUAAAAAACAUUUGGAGCAAAAUCACGGGGGCGGAAAUCGCGGUCUUGGAUACUAUAUUUUAAAUUUUUUUUGUGAUUUACGUAUAACGUAUAUACGUUACGUUCGUAUUCAAAGCAGCCGAUAAUAUUAAAUUAUAGUGCGAUCGUAUUCGUGUUUGCUACCGAACAACAACAAAAAAAAAAAAAAAAAUAGUAAUAAAGAGCUGAUACGGGGAAUGGGCGAGGCUAUUGUUAUAUAGGUGUGUAGUCUAGAAGGUGGGACACAUAAAGUUAGUUAAUUUAUACUUGUAACCAACGAUAAACCGUUACUAACGAAAAACGAUUCGGAGCGAAGUUCGGUUAUACAUGUUUUAAAUUAAUUUCUUACUUACCGACUAAAUUAAAAAUUGAAAUAAAAAAUCUUUUUAAGUUUUUAAAUUUGAGCAAUAUUUAUAAUAGAAAACACAAGCCGUACAAAUUUUGAAUUACAAAGCCAUAAAAAAUUGUAUUUUUCGUCCUUUUUUGUUUUUCUCGAUUAUUAUAAAAAUACUUUUGAUAUAAAAAAAACGACUUUUCGACCGUAUCUAUAAUAUAUUAAUAGAAACAAAAUCGAUGUCUUAUCAUUUUUCGAUUGGAGUAAUAUUUCCGGGUAGAAAGCAUAAUUCGAAAAAAUUACAAAAAAAACAAUGAAAUCGGAAUGCCGUGGUAAAUAUUUGCCGCUUCACCUAUAAUUUUCUUUUGGUUUUUUUUCGAUUAUUUCGGAAAAUCAAAAAACGACCUCUCGAAUGUACCUACUAGACAAAAUAUUCUCCCAAAAUAGCUAAUAUAUACCCUGUACAUAUCCGAGCAAGAUUUCUUUUCAAAAAGUUAUUUACAGACAGAAAAAAACAAAAAGAAAAACACACAUAAUAUAGAAUAGAAAACCAAAAGAUCCCCGGCUACGAUCCGAAUCUAAAAUAUCUAAAUAAUAUAAAAUAAUAAUAUAAUAUUAGAUUUAGAGUUUAGCGAAGAAUGUAUUGGUUUUACAAAGUUGUUUAUUUUUUUUUUAUGUGAACACUUUCUACUGGAAAACUUACUCCGAUUAUCAAAUAUAACGCCUCUUCUGAAAAGAAAUAUUCUCUGGAUGAUACUUUAGAACGGUCAUUUUUGUAAUUCUCAUUAAUAUCCGAGAUAAUGUGGAAAACCUGAUUCUUAAGGUUAAAAAAGAUUGAAAGAUUAAAAAUAAGAUUGUCAUUGGCAACCGUUUUUAUUUAUUUAUAGUUAUUAUUAAGGUAUUAUUAUUUUUAUAUUUUCUAAACAAUCAUUGUUGUCAUGGAAACGCACAUUGUUGUAAUCAUUUAACAUAGCAUAUAUUGUCGACAAAGCAACACUAUACCAACUGAACUCAGUUCACGCUCAGAAUCGUGUUUUCGUUAGCAAUGGUUUUUCGUUGCUUACGGGUAUACAUAUAAAACUCUCGUCCUACCUUCCCAACUUCCCACCUAAAACAGUGGCUGCACCCACGUGCAAAAUAUGUCCGUCGUUUUUAUAAUUUUUUUUUUUUUUUUUGCUAUUUCGUAUAAAAUAUUCGCACGGGUGUCCACUAUUAUUGAUUUUCAAUAAAAUUUACAAUAUUAUUGUCGUCGGUCGCAUUACGAAACUGAUUGUCCACGCCGCAGCAGCGCCGUGACGGCGCGCGCUCGCCAAUACGACGCGGACAGGUACGCGAUAUAAUAAUAAUAUUGUUGUUAUUGUUGUGGCCGCCCGACGCGGCGUCCGUGACGUCUGGCGUACGGCGCGGCGGCGUCCAUCUGUACGGCGCGCGCCCAAAUAACGGCGCAGCGAUUUAAUUGGCGUACGGCGCGCGACACGGUUCGGCGGCCGCGUCCUUGGAGCGCGUGCCACCGUUCCGACGUUUUUAAAUUUGUUUUUUUUCCGGACGAGGGCAUUUACGUUAAUUUUUUCGUCCGCGUGCUCCGGUUUCACGUCUCCCGUGCACAUUUCCGCACUGCUCGAGACGACAAUGCAUUUUUGUCUUAACUCUCACUCCACCCCCCUCUCCCUUCUUUAAUUACUCGUAAUUUACCGAACGAAAUAAUCGAUAAAACUGCAGUAAAGACAGCGGCCUUUAGUUUUACCGCGGUGGCGCGAAUAGUAAAGUUGAAUAUUUGACGAUUACAAACAACUUCGGUAUUUUUCGUCAAACUGUAUUACCAAUAUUAUCGGUCAAUUUAGUAUAGUUUUCAAUACAAACCAAUUCGGUAUUGUAAAAACUACUAAAUAGCAUAAUGGUAUAAUAUUGCUGAAUAACUAAAUAAUUAAUAUUACACUAUAAAAUAUGAAUUGCGCUUUUUUUGCCAAACUAUGGUGAGAUAUUUUAAUUAUCUGUACGUAACGUGUAUAUUCUCCUUCGCCUUUAUCCCAAUUAUCCGGGGUCGACCACCUUAGUCCUAAACACGGUCUCACUUAACACGAUCUCUCACCUCGCAUACACCGGUUCGUGGCUGUUCUCAUAUUCUUGAUCGCAUGUAGCCACCUUUUUUUGCGAUCUUCUUCUCCCCCCCUCCCCGAUUUUUUCUUACGUUUAUUUUCAUUACAACUGCAGUACUGCUUCUCAUUUCUCUCUCCUCACGACCAAGCUACCCUUAUAUACACUCAUUCCUUAUCCAAUCUUCUAUUUCGUCACUCAAUUCAUCCACUUAAGCGUUCUCCAUUUUGUUUGUCUGUCUACUGAUUAACACUCUGAAUCAUGAUCACUACGCUUGUGUAGAACUUACCUUUAAAUUCAAUAGUCUAUUGUCAUAUAAAACACCCGACACUACUCUCCAAUUUACCUAACCCACAUACAAUCGUGUAUUGUUUCACAUUCUCAUCGAAAUCACCGAUCUUUUAGGUACAAAAGAUCUUAGGUACCUUCCAAAAACUCUCAAUCUGAUCUAUUACGUCACCACAGGAAGAACGGUAUUGUCAACGGGUAUUAGAUCCGUAUCAUUAUAAUGCCCCCCUACAUUUUUAUAUUUUUACAAUUUCUAUAAUAUUUUUACUGUAACAGUUAAAAUCAUUUUUAAUUAGAUUAAUAUUUUAAUAAACCGCUUGUUUGUAUUCAAUUUUGUUAUGAAUUUGAAAAAAACUUUAUUAAUUAAAUAAAUUAUUCUUUUUUUUUUUACGAAUCGAUUGCAAUUAAUAAUUUCGAUUUUGUUGAAUCAUAAAAUUUGAAAAUCAUUUUAAAUCAGGAAAAUCAUUACAGGAAUAUUUUUUUAUCAUCAUAAUAAUUGUUUUUGAUGGUAUUUAUUAGGAAGCGUUUAUUUUCGUUCUUCCACAACGCAUUUGUGAUACAAAAUAUUCGUUCUAUUGCUACAGUAGUUUCAGGCACGAUUAGAGAAUAAUAUUCUACAAUGUGCCUGUAAAGUUACGAAUGUUAAGUUUUUUUUCAAAAUUAAAACUCGUACAAUUUCCAAUUUUGUAACACAUGCACAUGCACAUGCACAGACGAACGUUUCAAAUGUUUGAAUCGACCAAUACCAGAAUCGAAACGGUUGCGAAACGGAUUCCCGAAUGCCGAUAUUCCACCAGGCACGUACAAGCUUCAGCUUUUUAAUUGUGUAGGGGCGGAAUGGGUAAGGCGGAUAAGGCGGGUCGUGAGAAUGUUGCGGUAUACGAUCAUAAGUCUGAGGAUCGUCGCUUCGUCCGGGUUUCCGAUCGCGAGACGGCGGAGACGAAACGAUGGUUUGAUGGCGGCGGCGGUUGUGACGUUGACCUAACGGUACUCGUACCUACUACGAUAAUAAUGAUAAUAAUAUAAUACCGCCGACUAAUCUACGAGAGUGUGUAAUAUUAUUAUUAUUAUUAUUAUUAUUAUUAUUAUUACCGUACGAGACCAUAUACGCGAAUAGAAUAUAAUGCACCGCCGAAGACGAUUCACACGGUCUGCAGGCCGCCGCCACCGGGUCAAACCGCACACACUCGUUCGAACAAAACGGUAAAAAACAAUAAUAUCGGCGUCGUCGCGUAUGUGCCCAGCUAUAUGUAGGUUAGUAAUAUUAAUGUACUGUUGUCCGCGUCGGCGUGUAUAAUUUAUUAUAUACUUACUACGGCGGUAAACUCGGAAGUUAUAGGUAUCUUCGGUCCCAGGAUGAAAACUAAAACAAAAUUGACUUAGGCCCUUCCCCGGGACCAAAGCUUUAGUAAUGCUAUCGGACUAGUGAAAACGGAACUCCGAGAGACCGAAUACAAAAUAUUUCCGUUGUCGUUUUACAUAAGUUUUGAAUACGCGUGAAAUAUUAUCGAUUUCGUGGUAGUUUUAAACUUUCGUAUAUUUGCACAGCGUUUCCGUUUCGUUAAGCAUAAUGUGUCCGUAACAUUGGAAAUAUUUUACUGUAUUUACAGACGACUAUUAUAGUCGUCUAUUCUCUAUUAUAAUAAUAGUGAGUAUAUGGUUAUACUAUACCGCACUCGGUCGAUAUCGGUGAUGAUAUAGGCCACGGGAGUUGGUCAAACGCAGUUAGGGGCCUGCCGGAAGUGUCGAACCCGUGACGCGUAGGUAGACGCAAUAAUAACUCAUAUCUUCCGAACACCUUCGUCACGCUUUUUUUUUUCUUUUCGACGGAAAUGGAAACUACGCACAAAAUGGGUAAGUCAGGCGGCCACACGUGACGUUUGUUAUAGUACCCGGCCGAGUUACUAGACCGUACAAUUUACACUACAGAGAUAGUACACGAGUAUAGCGACUUGUAUAGAUAUAUUAUACCGGGCUAUAUCUACCUAGCUAUUGCGUAUAGAGUUGUCAAUUAGUAUUGUACAACGUAUUAUUGAAGCGAUUUUACUGUAAAUACACAUCGUAUACAAUACCGGCUGGUAAAUUUCAAAAUAAUUGAUUUAUACUUACUAAUAUGUGUUUAGUUAAUUUUAUGUACUUACCUACUCGACAGUCUUUUUCUUCAUAGCCAUCAUUAGUAUACUUUUUAGAGUUUCGACCGUUAUAACAUCUCGAACAAUCGUCUCGCUUUAUAGUUACCGGGACUACCGAAGUGCUACCGAAGUCUUGGGUACCUUAAACAAUUUUUCGUAUAGUUAACGGAAACUAUUUGUAGGCAAUUUAGAACGUGAGUUCUUCUAAAUCCGCGUUCGCGAUUACAAAUAACGUUAUACGAUAAUAUUUAAUACAUAUUAUUGUACCAUCAUUGUUGUACAUCAUUGUCGAGGUGACGGUCAAUCGAUGACCGCCGUCGCCGGACGACGAGAAGAAUAUUAUACUCUUUUUUCCCUUCUUAUUGUUCGCCACGAUUUCGUAAUAAUUUCUACAAAAAAGAUUAUAAUAAUAUGUAAUGCGGUCGCGGGAGCACGCGCCGAGAUAACAACAAUGGACGGCCAGCCGCUGUUAUUACCGAAUUUUUAUUUUUUUUUUUUUUAUUAUUAUUAUCACUGUCCGAUUUGAUUUUAUGUUUACAAAAUAAAAUUUCGUAAUAAAAAACGUCAUGCCACCGAAGUCGUCUUCGUAUCAUAUCGGUCACGGACGCGGAGAUGCGGUCAAACAAUAUUCGACCGAAUAAUUUGUAUUACCUACGCGAUUAUUAUAUUAGUACAUUGUUUUGUACACGAGAAUUAUCUGCUGUCAGACUAUCAAUGUCUAAAACAGGUGAUCCAUUUCAGUGGGUACACUCAUUAUCUCGGAAAAUAUUAACUUUUUUCGGAAUUUUUUCGCUAGAACAUUUGCAAGAAAUAAGUUGCUCUACAAUUAUAUAUUCAUAUUAUUUUUUUUUACCCUUAUUUUUUGUGGUAAAACCACUACCUACUUUUGAUUUUCAAAUAGCAACCUAUAUUAAGAAGUCCAUAAAUAGAUGAAGUAUUAGUUAAAAUAAAUUUUAGUAUAAUCGAUUUUGACAUUUUUGAUUUCCGUCGAACCCGUUGAUGAGAUAUUCCACUUUUAAGUUUUGGUUGAUGGAGAAUAGUGGUGUAUUGUUAACACGCCGUGCGCCGUAUCGCCACACAAAUAAUACUCCCGAAAAUAGGUUUUAAGUGAAACAGGUGGUUUUACCCCCAAAAAUAAGGGUGAAAAAAUAUAAGAUAUAUAUAAAAUUGUAGAGCAGCUUGUUUCUUAAAUGUUCUAGAAAACAAAAUCCUGAAAAAGUAUAUACUUUCCGACAUAACGAAUGUACCCACUUAAUAAAUGGAUCAGCCGGUAAUCGAUAUACGUAAGACGAGUUAUUGAACGAGAAUUACCGAAUACUUGUAAUAUUAUAACGCGUAUGAUAAUAAUGACGUUUACUCAUAUGAUAAUUUUACUAUGUACGGGGUGAAUUUUUUUGUUCUUAUCGCGAAUGGUAGCACGGUUCGUGAGUAUUGAAAACAGAACGAAAAUAUUGAAAAACUACGAACUGUCAUUAUUUUUCAUUUUAAUAAUAUAAAACAAAGUCACUACUCGCCUCUAUCUGUGCGCUUUUAGUUCGUCUAAACUACGCAAUGGAUUUUGAUAUAGUUUUCACUAUUAUUUAGAGGAUUUCUUCCGGAAGGUUUAUUGUACAUAUACAUAUAUAGAAAAUAUAGAAAAGUCAAUGUUUCGUAAUCAAGUCGUAAAAAUAAAAUAAACGGACGAUGGAAAACGUUAAAAAAGGUCAUAAUGAACAAUGAUGACAACCGUACACUUCCGUUUCUGCAAUCGACCUCGUGCAGUCUGUCACUCGGCGAUGACCUUUGGCACACCGAAAAAUCGCGAUAAACGUGGUUAUAUUGUUUUUCAGAAGCAAUGAUGCAAUAUUUGUUACGUAUCAAAGACAAACGACACCGCGAAAAGAUCGUGAUAUUAAUAUUACUGUUAGGCAGUAUAGCGUAGUCAAAUUUAUUAUUCUACUUGGGUACGCUUGAUUAGAAAAAAAAAAAAAACAGAAUGGCAUCGCCGUGUACGAAAUUUUGUUGUGAAGAAGGACAUAAAGUUACAUUUAUAUAUAUAUAUAUAUGUGUGUAUGCAAUACUAUAUGAGUUUCCCGAUGUCCUCGGAAGAUAUUAUUGGGUAUUAUAAAGAGGUAUACGUGCACUACACUCGAUUUUUGAAUUUAUACACUACAUAGCUGAUAUCGCGUAAUUGGUAAUGGUUAUAAUACGUACGUUUGUAAAUUAUUAUAAUAAUAGAUCGGUAUAGGUACUUAUAAAUAAUAACGUUGAUGAUGCCGUGCGAUGACGACGACGAUGAUGAUAAUAAUAAUUAUGUACGGCUCGCGAGUGUGUUUUGCCGUUUUCGGACAACGAGAUGAUAACGGCCGUCGAGUGUAUAGAAUUAUAGAGAAUGUUUAAAUCUCAAUGGCGAAUCGUAAUUAUUAUAAUAUUAUCAUCGUCAUUAUCGGUUGUCGCCGUCGACGCUACGCGGUUUGUCGAAAUAAUAGCGUUUUCCAUCUGACUGCGUUCGUGUGCAACGGGUGUGCUAUUAUCGCCAGCUAUAACCAGUGCAGUAACUAGUAACAGAAAUUUCAUAAUGCGGCGGGCGUAGUGUAUUCUUAUCCCCACGAGCGCAAAAUAAAAAAAAGAAAACACAGACACCGUCGAUUUUGUACGCGUAGGACUGCAGGCACUAGGCCAAGGGUCGGCUCCGGAGCCACAUACGGCUCCUUAACACGCAAUCUGUGGCUAUUUGGAAAAUGUAUCGAAAUUCAAAACGUAUUAUUAUGUUUUUAAUGCCCAUACCGAUUCCCAAUGAAAUUGCUUAGUAAAAUAUAUUAGUCGUUUAUUUUUUACUAUAUGUUACGUGUUUAACACAACCAUAAUGCGGCUCUGUGAAAAUCAUGGUUUUGCAAAAGUUUUUUUUUAAAAUGGCUCAUUUACAUGGGGGAAAAGCUUCCCGCCCGCUGCACUAGGCAGACGUAUUUACAUUUUCGGCGCUCUAGAGCACUGUUUCUUAAGCGACCAUUUAUGCAAUGACAACAUUUUUCACGACACGCGGGAAUUUCGAGUAGCACACUUUAUAUUUUGUACUACUCACUCUGUAUUUUAGAACACACAAUUUAAGGUUCCGCCGGACGAGUGUAAACCGUGAGAUGGAGUUCAUACAUAAAAAAAGUUCUUGUAUUCCAAUUCAAAUUUAUAUAUUUAAGUAAAUUAUCUGUUGUAGAUCUUAAUAAAUACGACGUCAAUUUUUGCAUGAUAAUAAUUACUAUUUUCCGAUGUCUCCAAAGACUAUGACACCCCCUUAAAGUGUGGCGCCUAGGGAAAAUAUCCCCUCCUCAUUUCUCCUUGUAUACAUCUCUGAGUGUAGAAUGUAUAACAUAAUAUAUAUAUAUAACAUAAUAAGUUGUAUUAUGUAGACUGUACAGUAUAAUCAGUGCUUUAACUUGAUCAUUGUUACCGCAUUAACGGAUUAUACUACGAUAAUAUUAUUUGUGUCCCAAUUUAUAUUAGAAAACCUACCAACUACCAUCCGGGUAUACUGAAGAGUAUGGUAUCAUUGACCGCGUGUAGUGUACACGAGUGUUGUUAGAUGGAAAACUGACACGAGUCGAUGUAUUAUUAUUUUGCCAUACUCUGCUAUUCUUUGUUGUUUUGCUUUUACAGUCAACAAGGAAAUACUAUUGACGAGUUAAUAUAUACCAUUCUUAUAUAUAUAUAUAUAGUUUUUUUCGUAACAGUUUAUUGCACGUCUGCGUGUAUAAUACUUGUUUAAAUAAUUAUUAUUAUCAGUGAAUGUUCAAAAUUGUAUACACAAAAAGGAAUUCAAAUUAACUUAUUUAACGGCUAUACCUGUAUUAAACAUCUGGUUGUAUAUGACGGUAGUUCAUUUUCGAUAUAACAAGAAUAGCGAUUCAAACAUUUUAUGUUCAUGUAGUUAGAAUAAUAUUAUGUUUGAAAUAGCUAUUUUUCACGUUUUUUCUUCCACUUGGAUAUUUUAGAUAGACAAUUUUUUUGUGUGUUAUUUUUUUCUAAUAUCCGUCGUGACUGUUGAAAAGAGGUUAUGAAUCCGCGUUAAUUGCACGGUAUAUCAUUAUUAUUAUCCUAGUGCGUUCCGCGUAGGUAAUUUUUUUUUUUUUUGAAUGUAGCACGAAGAAUCCCCAAUCGUAUUAAUUUUCUUUUUUACCUAUACAUGAAAACUUUCUUUUAAAAUGAUAUAGUUAAACAUUCGAAAAUGGCCAAUUAUUUUCGUUAAAAUAAAAACUGAUGAGAUUUGCAUUAGGUAUGUAUCAGCUAUUUUUGUUAUUUUGAGUAAUCAAAAAUGCAGGGAAAAAAUUUUCAAUUAAAAAACAUCACGAAUUGAAAUAACAUUUUUUUUUUCUUCCACAAUAAUAAUCUUGUUGCAAGAUAUUGCAGAUCACCUAAAGAUAGACAAAAUUCUGGGACCUAUGGUUAUAAACCUAUUAUUAUAGUUAAAAUAUUUAGAACAGAUUUUUCACCUAUUUUUCUGUUCCUUUAGCUGCACAUGAUUAAAGUAAUUCAUAUUUGGAUCAUCGUACCCCCCCUACCCUGUUAUUAACUCAAAAAAAAGAAAACAUUUUUAUUUUCAUUCAGUUUUUGCAUUGUUUUUCUACAUGACAAGAACGUAUUUGUACAAUUUCAGUAUCACAUUUUGACAAAAAUCUUAAAGAUCACGGUGUUUCAAAACAUUUUAAACCGAAUUUUGCCCAUAAUUUUCAUAAAUGGGAAGUUAAUUUUUGACCCGUAGAAAAUUUGUUCGUAACUUAAAUGUUCUUCUUUUAAAUUCGCUUUUAAGACCGAAAAUUUAAGAUACAUUUCAAAAUACGUCUUUGAACCAACCAUAACCUAAUCUAACCGAUGGUCACGCGCUUCAGGAGUUUCUUUCAAUCGGCGACUAGUUACUUUAAUCCAAAAAUAAAACCGUAAAUCUCGAGUCACAUGAGGUGAAAUGCCCUAAUGGUGGAAUUUCAAUACAAUUUAUUUUGAUUUCAAUACCCUACAGAUUAUAAUUUGUUUUCUCUUUAGGUUCAUUCCUUCGGUUUUUCCAUAUACACUAUCAUUAAAUAUUUCAGCAAAGUGCAUUAUCCAUAAUUUAUUGUGUUAUGCAUUUCUCAAAAUACACACACAUUCACGCGUAAAGUCAACUGCACAUUUUAUGCUUCUUACUGCACAAUUACCUAUUUAGUAUUUAUUAUAUUAUAGUGUUCCUUACAACAUAGCCUGUUGUACGAUAUAUUGUUAAUAUGCUGUCGCAAUAAUAUUAUCGAAAAACACGAUACACAAUCGUCGCCCGUCUCUUGUAAAUAAUAUUGUAAAUCGUAAUAUCACGCGCGAUUAACGUGCCCCGUAAUGGCUAUUUCAGUAUCGUCUGUCACAUUUAAAUGUAUUCAUAAUAUACUUGUACAUUUCUCCGGACAAAUUCCCCCACCUCUCACCCCCCCCCGGGUAAAUCGGACGGUUUACGUAGCAGUAACAGCUAUAGCGGGUCGAGUAGCGGGUAUAAUAAUUAUUAAAUUCUCGACACAUACGCGUAGUGUUAUUAUAACGUCAUUGCUUAGUGAUGACUAGUCAGAGUGGAGAACAAUAAUAAUAUUCGGAAAUGACUCAACGGCACGUUACAAAAUAAUAUCAGAAUAGUAAUAAUAAUAAUAAUAAUAAAAUUAGAAAUAACGCUUACCUGUUACGAUCAUCGCCUUCAGACGGCGGAAUAAUAUUAUAUUUUUUGAAUAUAGUCGCCCUCCCCCGAAGGACCUACCCUAACAAUCCCAUACAUUGUCCAAAAAUGUAUUUUAACGUGUGUGAAGUUAUAUUAUUAUUGAAACGAGACGUUUUGCGUAAAAAUACGUACGAUAACAUACAAUAGUCUCCGCGAUAGUCGUAAUUGAAUUAUACCUAUUAGAAUAUUGAUAGUAUUGAUCAAACACAAAGAUGUGCUUUAUCUCCAAAAAAAAAAAAAGAUACUUUUACGAUCAGUAAAAAUUAUUUGAUUUUUUCCCCAUCAUUCAUUGAAUGAUGAACAUUUUUCACUUGAUAGUACCGUAAUAUUUGAAACAUUUUUCGAGAUUUCCAAUACCUUUACCAAAAAAUUACUUUUUAUAUUUUUAACUAAAAUUUUUUGGUUCGAUAUUACUUUGUUCAUCCUACUUUCCCGAUUCCAACAACCCACCUAAAACCAUAACCUACCCGUGAGUAAAAUCAAUUGUUUUUUUAAUUUUAUAUACACCUCAAAUUGCUGAUAAUUAGUUUACAUUUUGCAUAAUACUCUCACGGAGAAACAAGCGAAGAAAAAAAACCAUUGAAAACGCCUAAAAAAACGCGUUAGUAAAUAACAAAAAUAUACACACCGGCUCUUAAAAAAUGAUCACGAUGUUCGUUAUGAGAACCCGGUACUUAAUAUUAUUUUCGGCAAGCGAUUCGUGUAAAUAUUUAUGGGAGAAGACUAAAACAAUACAAUAGCUGUAUAUUUGGCAAAUAGGUAUGACCUUUUCAUUUAUGAAUAUAAUAGAACGGCAGACGGAAUCGUUUAGUUCAGAUGGUGAAUGUAGUUUUGUGUAAGUACGUAACGGAGAAAAGGUCAUAGCCUCGCGGUGCGGACAGAUUGAAAUCGGAUUUUAUUUUUAUUUUUAUUCUACUUCCGUCGACGACAUGGAAGAAAUGACGAGUUUAUAUAGUUAUUUGAACGAGUUACGAACGUGCGUUUCUCAAUUGGUUGAAAAAUACAAUUAUGUGUGGAUAUUGUACAAACGUAUAGCGACCGGUUUGUAUUUAUACCUGUCGCCGGUCACUUCCGCUUCCGUAGUCGUGACAUCGCGAACUGCGGCAAGGACAGCGGGCUGUCGAUUUCUUCUCUCGCGGUCUCAACGUGUUUUUCCGAAGCGUCUGUUUUAAGACCUUGUAUUUGUUAUGAAAACGAGUUUUAACGCACUCACGAACUCAAAACUGGGAAAGGCGAAAAACUGGACGUUUGUUCUUUUGGAUUGGUGUGACCGGUUUUUUUCACUACUACUGUAGUGGCGUUUUCAACGGGUUAGGAUGUGGAAAAUCGUAAAUAAAUCGUAAAAUCUUCUUAAUUGCUUAAGUUGACAUUGGGAAUUGCAAAGCCAAAUCCAGAAAAAAAAUUUAAUCAAUAAAUCAAGCGUUUUUGUAAUUUGGUUGAAAUAUAAUAGAGUAUAUUUCAAGAUUAAAUCACUAAAUAAAUAAUCAGAGUUGUUAAUGUUGAAAAGCUAAUGAGAAGAAAGAUAUGAUCUCUAACCUUCCUCUCUCUGCGCAUUGCACUGAUUAAUCAAAGGAUAUUUUCGAUUUUCGAAGCUAUUAAGCUUAUAUAUAAUGAAUCGGCUCUGGACUACUACGAUCGAUAUAGGUAUUCGUCUAUCCGAAUUUCGCACUAUUUUCUCCAGAUUUUGUCGUCCCAAGUUUUGCUAGUCUUCCGUAAUUUUUCGGCAGUUUCCGUUGACAAUAAUAAUAUCAUUAUGACACCGCAAUUGUAUUACGUACACAUUUUAUACUGUUAUACAUACUUAUGUGACUGUUUUGACUCACGUUACGAUCCGUUUUUGUUUUCAGGGGUCGUGUUAGCCGUGGCCGUAGCCCUGUUGGUUGGUGGCCUUUUAGUGGUGGCUUUCUUCACAGCGGCCGUCGAGUUGGUCAUCGAUGACGUGAGUAUAUUUUUCCCGGGGAUAUUUUAACGGUAUUAUUAGCUUUAAACACGUAGGCCUUUAACUUAAUUACAUAACGUUUACCUAAUGUCACGGUUACAGCAAAUCACAUUGCGGCCCGGUUCCCAGACGUUUGAGAUGUGGCGCAAACCACCGGUACACCCCAUAUUAAAGGUUUAUGUGUACAAUGUAACAAACGCUGACGAGUUUUUGGCCGUCGUCAAUCCUGGAGAAACCCGGGAAAAGCCCAUUCUGGACGAGCUGGGUCCGUACGUCUACGUGUGAGUAUAACGAUUUGUGUUCGUCUUUAUCGAUACCAUUCACGAUUAUUGGUUUUAUUAAACGGAUUUUGUUUUUCUCUCUCCAGUGAGACAUGGGAAAAAGUCAACUUGACGUUCCACGACAACGGUACACUUACCUACAACCAGCAAAAGGUAUACAGGUUUGACCCCGAGCAGAGCGUUGGCUCCGAAGAAGACACCGUCGUAGUGCCAAACAUCCCAAUGUUGGUGAGUGCACCCCCGUGUAACGCGUCAGCACAAUUUUGUCUUCAGACCUUGGGGAAUUAAAAAAUAAUAAAUAACUUCUGUAUUAUCGAUUUAAAAUACUAAUAUUGUUAUUAUUAUUAUUACCGUUUUUCAACAGUCCGCUACGUCCCAGAGCAAACACGCUGCCCGUUUCUUGAGACUGGCCAUGGCCAGCAUCAUGGACAUCCUGAAGGUGAAACCGUUCGUUGAAGUGAGCGUUGGUCAGCUGUUGUGGGGUUAUGAGGACCCGCUGUUGAAAUUGGCCAAAGACGUGGUGCCCAAGGAACAGAAACUGCCGUACGAAGAGUUCGGUCUGCUGUACGGGGUCGGUACCAAUUACAUUUAAUUUUACAUUUUUCUAAUAAAUAUUGAAAUAUCAUGUGUUUUCCCUGUUUUCGUGAAACCCACGAAGAGAUUGUUCCUCGUAUUUUUAGUACGAUUAUCCGGUUUUAAUAACAUAACAAUACGUAAAUAACGGAAUAAAAAUCGAGUUACAGUCGAUUCAACAUUUUUCAUUUAACUCAGGCAUAUAUACAGGGGAAGGGGGUUGGGGGUUCAAACAUUCCCCCAAAAAUUAAUAAUUGUAUAAGUUAUUUAUAUAAAUUUAUUAUUUUUUUCACAAAUAUUGAUUGUUGUACAUUUUUUAUGACUCCCCCCCCCGAAUUUGUAUUGUCACGUACCUGAUUUAAUUGUAUCUAAUUAUUAUUCAGUAAAUUAUUUUUUUUAAUAUCGAUAAUCCAGACACAUUUAGAACCGUAAAAAAUGAUAAACACGAGCGAAUAUAGAUAGUUUUUAAAAUAGUGAACUAGAACAAUUUUAGACGUGCUUAAAAAUUAGAUAUAGAUAUGUGACAACUUUUUUCUAUUCGAAAAAUCUACUUUAUACAUACGUGUAAAAAUUCAUUAAUCGAAAAAAAAAUGUAAUUACAAAUAUUAUAUUGCUUAUAUUUUAAUAAUAUCAUCGUUAUUAACACGACGACGACGGUUAUUAAUAAUGACUUUGUUCUAUACACAUUUACGUAAUGACAAAUUUGUCCUGAGGGGAUUUAGCAAUAAUUAAGUCGUGAAAGGCAUAACCGUCAUCACAGCCCCUUCCCUUAUCUUGAUAAAUAAACUUUUAUUAACGUUGGUAUUUAAAUAAUAUUACAUCACACAUUUAUACAGGGUCAAUCAAAUUGCAUGAUCCAGUUAAAUUUUCCACGAAAUACUCGUACUGAUAUUCUUUAAAAAAAUUACUUAUGUAAAAAUGUUAAAAACAUAUAUUCUAAAGUGUUACAUUGUCCUUAUUUUUGUGGGUGAAACGACUACUACUUUGUAUUUUCAAAUUUCAACCUAUAUUAAAAAUUCAAUGAAUAUUUUAGUAUUAGUAUUAUUAAAUGAAUUUUGUUGUUAAAAUAAUUGAUUUCCAUUAACCCGUUGACGAGAUAUUCCCCUUUUAAGUUUGGAUAUGGAGAGAUUAGUAGAUGAACAUAAUAUUUUAGUAGCAGUACGGCGUGAGGCAUUUGAAUAGUACUCUUUACUAUCUAUUGGCUUGACAGAAAUCAAUAAUCACAACACAAAAAUGCAUUUAAACUAAUACUAUCUACUUAUGGAUAUUUUAUGAGUAAUAAUAUAGGUUGCCUAUUGAAAAUUAAAAUUAGAUAAUUGUUUAAUCCCUCAAAAUAAGGGUGACAAAAAUAAGGACAACGUAACAUUUUAAAAUAUAUGAUUCCAAAAGUUUACAUAAGUUAUUUUUUGAAAAAACAAGUAUUUCAAGACACAUUUGACUGUUUCAUUAAAUUUGAAUUACCCGGCUCUAAGAAUCGUUUACCUAAUGGAUAUUUUUACGAAAAAAAAAAAAAAAUUUAUCUUAAGCUUAGUCCCCUGAAUUUCGAAUUAUCGACCAUUUACUAUAUAAGGAUAAUAUAUAUGAACAAUAACAUAUUAUCAUAAAUACCUCCCGGGUGUACCGCAGCUCCAGUUCAUCGUCGACCUGUACGGCGUAAGGACGCUACCCGAACUUUUGGGCUACCUUCAGCUGGAUCGGCUCCUGUCCGCGGACGGCCCGCUCCUGGACGGCAUCUUGUCGGCCGGGGGCGUGGGAUUGCUGGGCGUCGCAUUACGGCCGACGACCGUCGUCCAGUACGUGAAGCCGGCGAGCCCGACCAUUAACGACGGCCGGCUGUCAGACCGAUAUCCGCUCCACCAGGCCAAAAGCACUUGGAUGUCAUUGAUGGGACGGCCGGUCAGAACGAAUACAAAAUAAUUGAUACUACAGAACACCGUCGAUUCUUAUGAACACGAUUCUGGCACCAUGAGUGUGUGUGUGUUUUUUUUUUUAGGUCUUUUACGGUCCGUUUUGUUAAUCGCACGGCCGUUCCACCAUUAGGCCAUUUUAUAAUAACGUAUUAUCGAGCUUGCAUGGUUUUAUUUUUAUUUUUAAUUUUGUCACCGUUUUUGUGUUUUAUCAGCAAUAUUGUUAUUAUUAUUAUUGGUGUCUUGUUUGUCUUGCUGUUCGUUCAUCGUCACACCUUGAUCACAAAGCCCGUCGCAUUUUAUCAUUAUUUUAUCAUUAUAUUAAUUGUGUAUUGUGUGUUUUUUGUUUUCAUUAUUGCUGGAUCGUCAUCUACUGCUAAAUUUGUCUCUUUGCCCGUCUAUCCAAAUCAGAAAAACGGCACUUCGCGUGACAACAUGACCGUGUUCACCGGAGCCAACGACAUACGGAUGUUCGCGGCCCUGGACAAGUUCAACGGGCGCACGCACCUCCCUCACUGGACCACCGAAUCGUGCAAUCGACUGUCCGGAGGCAGUGACGGGUCUCUAUUCCCUCCUCGCAUCCAACAAGACACCGUACUACACGUUUUCGACAAAGACAUGUGCCGGCAGUUACCUCUGGUGUGAGUAUAAACCGGGUCGUCUCACUCUGUCUUUUGUCGCUUUCUCGUUUUUCCCUUUUUCAAACUAUGUGGCCCCCGAAUCUUCACCUGACAUAGUCUUCCACGUAAUUUAUAUGCACUGCCCAGAUAUUUGUCCACAUUUAUUUGCACUCUUUGGUCUAUCUCUUUCCAUCACGCAUUCAAAUUAUCAUCACCUUAAUUUAUUUUCUUAUGUUUUUAUCUUCUCUAAAGAUUUCACUCUAAAUAUUUUCAUUUCUGCUGUAUAUUUCUGUGCACUACCGAACAUUUUAUCACCACCAUGUGAUAAAAUGAAAUGAAAUAAAAAAAGAAUGUGUCUCGUUCGUACAGUUUCAAGAAGGAAAUCGAGGGCAAGGGAGGAGUGAAAUCGUAUCGAUUUGGACCGGACCACCGAGCGUUCGCCGACCCAGACCACGAGCCUGACAACAAAUGUUACUGUCCAUCCAGUAGCCAUCAUUCUAGUAGUAACAGUUCAUCCACCACCACCACGAUGCCGAGCGUGUCCACCACCGCACAAACGACCACGUCAGGCCAGUGCGCACCCCACGGCACGUUCAACGUGAGCUUGUGUCAAUACGGUGAGUUUAUAAUGUUUAUCACUUUUCUCUGAAACGAUAUUUUCGGACGAAUUAAAACUACUGUACAUGUUCUCAUGUCUCUUUUAAUCUAAACACUAACCACAUUUUUUGGCCCAUCUUUUUCCUUGACAACUUUUGAUAUAAUAUUCAUUCGUAUAAUAUUUUUAUCACAUAAACCUAAAUUAUUGCUUAUAUAUCGCUGGAAUAAUAAAAUAUAAUAUAUUAUCAUGCAACCUGUUUAAUUUGUUUGUAAUUUUCUAAAACAGACUCGCCAGUGUUGUUGUCUUUUCCUCACUUUUACAUGGGUGAUGCGCGACUCCGGAACGCUGUCGAAGGAAUGGACCCACCCGAUUCAGACCGACACGAGUUCUAUAUAGAUGUGCAACCCGUGAGUAAUAUAAUUUUUACAAUAUUUAUUCGAUUUAACCAUAACAAUAAUAACAUAAACAUGUCGUUACUUUAUCGCGUAUACGCAGGAAAUGGGAGUUGCAAUGCGCGCCAAAGCCCGAGUCCAAAUCAACUUGGCCGUUAGUCAAGUCAUUGACAUCAAGCAAGUGGCUACAUUCCCUGAUAUCGUGUUUCCAAUCAUGUGGUUUGAAGAGGUUAGUGUACAAUAAUCGACGUUUACCUAUUUAUUUUUGUAUUUAAUUAAAUUUCAUAUAAAUCAUAUGAUUAUGAAUACUAUUAACACUAUAAUAAUUGACGACAUGAUUAUCUACAGGGCAUUGAAGCGCUGCCAGACGACGUUAUUCAACUGCUCAAGCUGGCCACGCAGACGCCACCCGUUGCCAAAGCCGCCCUACAGUACGCGUUAUUUGCCUCGGGUACCAUAUUGUUAUUGUUGGCUUUGGGGUGCCUGGUACGCAACUCACACCGACAGGAAACCAUGUCCCUAGAAGGAACAGCGCACUACAGUCAAGACGAAAAGAAAAAACCAAAAAAGACGAUCCCGGCCGCGCCGAUGACCGUCAUGUCUAAUGGUAAUGGGAAUUCGGCGGCAAAAGCCAAUGCCGGGUACGUGGCCGACGACGAAUAGCCACCGCCAGAUAGCGAGCGGCUGAGAGGAGACAAACGGUUUAAGACGGUGAAGUGCGAAAAAAAAAUAAACUCUUUGCGGUCCUUUGGUAAUGUAUAGUGUGUCCUCUUUAUAGCCACCUCUUCGCUGUUAUAGUUAGUGGUAUAAUGUAAGACAUGUGACACUGUAUAUUUUUAUUUUUGACUACUAGUUGACGACUUGAGUUUCAUAUUAUUUUUAUUUUAUAAAUUAAAAGCAAAAAAAAACUCUCUUUCUUUGUCGCUCUCUCUCACUCUCUCUCUCUCUGUACGAUUAUCGAUUACUAAUACUUUUACUACUGCUACUGUAUUAUAAUAUUCGUGGUACGUAAUAAUGUAGGCCCGAAAAAAAAAAAAUGCCGCUGUGUCUAAGAGACAAAAGUAAAACACAAAAUUAUCUAUUGUACAUAACAAAAAAAAAAAUAAAUACAUUUUAUUAUUUACGUGCCUAAACGUUUUAUAUUAUUAUAACAUAUAUAAGUAUAUAUUUUUUUUUUUUUGGAAAAAUGCUCAUAUUAUUAGUAUAUUAUUAUUAUUAUUAUUAUUAUUAUUAUUAUUAUUAUUAUUAUUACUGUUCUUGGUUAUUAUUAUUUUAUGUGUGUAUAUGUGUUUUUUUUUUCACUUGUUGACUCGUGUAAAUAGUUAAUUAUUGUCAUUAAGUUUUUUGAAAAAUAUCUUUUAUGUACCUAAUUUAUUAUUCUAUUAUUACUUUGUAGUUUUUGUAGUCUCUUCGUCCAUAUUCGCGUUAUAAUUAUAAUAACUAACAAUUUUUUUUUUUUUAUAAAAUCACUAGAAUAGACUAUUCGAUGAGCGCGAACACAUGAAGAGCACAGGAGAAGAAGGGUUUAUCAGUCCUUUUUUGUAAAUUUUGAGAUAAUAAUACCAUUUUAUAAUACGUUGAGUUAUACAUUCUGUGAAAAAAGUUUUUAAUAGUGUAAUGUUGAAAUUAAAAUGUUGGAUGCGCUAGUUAAAAAAAAAUUAAAAAUAUAAUGUCUGUAGUCUAUGCAACCGUAUAGAAGUUUUGCUCUGAUGCUAAACAGUUUUUGAAACCGGACUACCUACUCUUCUUUCCCUGAGCUCUUCAUAUGAUUUAGUAUAAUAAAAUUAAUAUUAUAGUGUAAAAAUAAUAAUAAUAAUACUAACGGUCUAUACAUAUAAUAUAAUAGAAAACAAUAUUGAACGUAAAAAUGUUAUACACUGUGCAUUUUUAUGAUAAUUAUUACAUUGAAAUUUAUUAUAAAAUAGGUACAAUAUAUUAUAUUAUUGAUAUUAGUUAACUGCAUAAUUAUUGUAAUAUUAUAAUAAUGCUAGUAAGGUUUUCGGGUUUCGUUUUUCGUCUCGUUAAUUGCAUAUUGGACAUGUUUGUUGAAAGCGUGUCUCAUUUAUCGCUCAAUUAUAUAAGAUUAUCAAUACCUCGUACUUAUUAUUAUUAUUCGUUUUUUAUGUGUACCUAUAUAAAUAAUAUAAGUUUAUGUUUUAAAACAAUUAUAAUAUGUGGUAAACAGCUAAUAAUAAUAUUAGCGAUUGUACAGUGCAUGUCCUCCAUAAUAUCAUAUACAUUGAAAAAUACGAAGGAGAUAUGAAAUUAUAAGUUAGGAUAUGUUAGAUAACAGGUACGAAUAUUAAAAACAAAUUAAUUUAUGGAAAAUCGGGAAACAAUCGUGUUUGUUUGAUUGAUAAUAGUUUUUUGAAUUUAGACAGUACAUACAAAUCGUAUGCGUUAUAUUUUAUUUAUUGUAAUAUUAUAAACAAACGGGCAUAAAAUAAUCCAUAAUAUUAUGAUUGCUGCGAUCCGACUCGAACGUCUACGACAAUAUAAUACAUAAUAUUGGUUUGAUAACAAAAAAAAAUUGUAAUUUUUAUCGUAUAAUAGACAAAAGUAUUUGUUGAACUGUGCGUAAACUCGAGUGUACAUUGUUCGGUAAUAUAAUACCUUUAUAGUAUAUUUAAUAUAAAAAAGAAGUUUAAAGUAUAAUUUUUUUUUUUAUUAAAUUUUGAGUUUUCUCAUCA